AUGAACCAUGCAUCUGAUCACAGUUUGUUUGUGUCGAUAGAAUACAUCUCAAGAGAGAACCAAGACAUACCGAUGGAUUUUCACAGUGCAACAGACCGGAAUGCACAGACACUCUUCCUCACAGAGAUGCUUCGAGGUAUUUUGUUAUCAUCUCAGGUGUUACAUAAGCUUAGUAAUCAUCUGUAAUAUUUAUCCAGACGACAACAAUAAAAGAAAAUCAAUCAUUGAUUUUAAUCAAUAUCAUCAAUAAAAAUCAAUAAAAAUCUAUUGGUUAAUUUUGAUUGGCUUAGCCAAUCAAUAAAAAUCGUUUAUCACUCACCAAUGCGUCUAAACGUUAUUGAUUUUCAUUGAUUGCUAUUGAUAAUCAAUAGCUGAUAGUGCAACAGUAAAAACCCAGGUAGGCAUUUGCUUAAAUGCCGCUAUGUCUGUGGAAAUUUCUAUUUCCUGUGUAGUCAAGGGGUACCACCACCAGUGUUUUCCGUUUCCAAGAAGAGGGGAGAAAAUGGUAACACAUUCAAAGAAAGCACAAUGAGUGACAUUUUAGUUUUCCAAUAAAAGCCAAUAAAAUCAGUGUAAAUUAAUAAAAAUCGAAAAUCACUCAAGACUGCGGCUUUGAUUUUUAUUGAUUUUCAAUAUCAAUCAAUUAAUGGCUAUUGAUUUUUAUUGACUAUUGUUGAUGCUAUUGAUUAUUGAUUUUGAUUGGCUGGUAUCAUCUGGUAUUUUUGUAUGCUUUUCAAGUUCAGCCAUCCUCCGAUUGUUAUCAAAUCAGGUAUGAGGGGAUGUCAUUCACAGUUUUCCUUACUGCAAUGGGUGAUUCCAGAAAGUAUCCAUACCCUACCACGGGUGGCAUGAGUAUUUUAACCCCCCCUUGCCCUCGGAAAUUCCAAAAUGCUUAUCCCCCCCUUGCCCUCCGAAUUCCAAAAUCGCUAACCCCUCCUCUCCUCCGGAAUUUUCCACUUUUGUUUCAGACCCUUUGGAAUUCCUGUUCGUCUGCCUAAAUCUUCAAACGAACGAGAAACUUGCACUUUUUCCCUCUGCAAAAGAAUUUUGUUCACAAUUUUUAGUCAGACGAUCAAAAAACUCGAGUUUGUUAACGUUAUUAGUACACUGUAGCUAUUCCUUCUAAGCAUUAUCAUUAUCAAAUAUACGUCCGUUUAAGGAUAUCAGCUCCUGGAAUAAAUAGUUAUUUCAAGGAAAAAUAACUAUUUAGAACUGAAUGAUCAAAACACUUGUGCAUAAACAGUUUUGAAUUAAACAGCGCAUCAAAAGGCACGCUGUUGGAUUUUACUACCUACAUGUUGGCGUGAAAAUCGGCGUGAAAUACAAAAUCUGUCAGGCGUUCUAUUUGGAAACGAGAGACUGGUGCGAGUUUUCAGCACGCAACAACACAUCGGCGAUCGACAAUCGGCGAGAAACACCGACUUGGUUAUAUUUUUAUUAAUCAGUUGACUAAUUCAUCAACUUUAAGGCCUCUUCGAUGUGGAGCUUGCAGCAAAAACCCAUCUGCUUACCCAUCUGCAUGAACGCAUAUUUCUUCCGUGGUCGGUUCAUGCUUCAUUUACAAACUGGGAAUGUUAACAGGUCAGCGAUUUCAAGCGGAGCUUUCGCCGUCUUUCCUCUGGAAAUUCACUGAAUUCAGAGCUGAAACACCCCCCCAUGCCUUUGGAAUUCCAAACUGCGAUACCCCCCCACGUCUUCGGAAUUCCAGUCCAAUAAACCCCUCCUCUCCCUCGGAAUUCCAAGAUGCCGCCCGUGGUAUGGUAUGGAUAUUUUCUGGAAUCACCCAAUGUGGGACCUGAAGUGUCCAGAUAUUUCCUUGUAACCUCUUACAUUACACACUCCUUUCUACUAAAUUCCAUACAGGUAAACAAUGAACAUGAAUGGAGUGUUAAAAAAACGCAUGUAUUUAAUAAAUCACUCACUUUAUAAUUAUUACUAGAAAUAACCAAAGGCGAGGUAGAUGCAAGGUGUUUCAGGUUUCUUAUCAAAGGUCAAACGCUCUGGCUCCAACGCUGGUGUUUGCAUACAGUUCACAUGAUAAUAGGUCAAAAUGCCUCUGAUCAGAAUAGCGUUUGGACAAAUGACAUCAUAAAUUUCAAGUCCCUGCUGUGACUCAGACAUUAAACCUGAUCCAUAUAAGAAUUUUGUAUGGGAAAGUCUUGUCCGCCUGCAAAUUUACGUCGUCUUUGAAGUUUUUUAUUCUCAAAAGAAAUAAAUCCCAGUAUGGUUGUGAUAAUAACCUGAUCCAUAUAAGAAUUUUGUAUGGGAAAGUCUUGUCCGCCUGCAAAUUUAUGUCGUCUUUGAAGUUUUUUAUUCUCAAAAGAAAUAAAUCCCAGUAUGGUUGUGAUAAUAUAUAUCUUGAAAAUAAUUAAGGUACGUGUGCCAAGACUAUGUUAAACAUGGAAAUAAAUGUACAGAUGAAACUCUGUUUUAUACCUAUGCUCAGAUAUGAAGGUGUCAAAAUUCACUUACAAGCAAACAGUGACUUACAGUAUCAUAUUCUUUUCCUCAAAGGUCUUGGUAUGACUUUGAGCAAAUUUUUUCAAGAACCAGCAACCAUCAAUUACCCUUUUGAGAAAGGACCACUCAGCCCCCGCUUCAGAGGAGAGCAUGCCCUGAGGAGGUACCCUUCUGGAGAAGAGAGGUGCAUUGCUUGUAAGCUGUGUGAAGCCAUUUGUCCUGCCCAGGUGGGAUACUAGAAUUUGUUUGAGAAGGAACUAUAGUAAAUAGAAUGUUGGGAAAAGUGUUCACAUGAAGUAGGAAAAUAUCAUGUCACUUUAUGUUCCUAGUACUCCAGUUCGGGGAAGAAAAGAAAAUACUGGUAGUUUAAAUUUGCUGGUAAAUAUAUUUUUUAAGCAGAGUCUAUAAUUCUUCUCAUUUAGGAAAGUGUUAACAGCGUGCAAAGAAAAUGAUGUCCGAUUGUCUGGAGGCUAGUGGAUUUUGCUUUUGGGGCUGGUGAAUUCUGUUCUCAACUUGCCCGAUCGUGGGGGGAAUUCAAAUUACAGAAGAACUGUAAUCAAUCCUGCUCAUCAACUUUUUUGCGAGCUAGUUUAAACGACUUUCUGGCUAGUACAUGCUAGCUAGAGCUUGCCAAAUGGCAAGCUGUAAAACUGACUUUGUUUGCACCGUGGUUGAGCUUGCAUCAUUGUUAUUUUGUUCUGCUGCACUUUAUAGGCAAUUACCAUUGAGGCAGAACCUCGAGCUGAUGGGAGUCGCCGCACAACACGCUAUGACAUUGACAUGACUAAGUGCAUUUAUUGUGGCUUUUGUCAAGAGGCAUGUCCUGUGGAUGCCAUAGUGGAGGUAUUUGAAAGAAACCAAUCAAUCCUAAGCUUCUUAAAUCUCUCAAAAGUAACCGUAAGAGAUACUAUAUUUCAGCAUCAAUGGAAUAAAGGGGUUAAAGCUUAAAUAGAAAUUGAGUAGCUGCAUCAGUGGGACAUUGAAACACAAAAUUUGUCACUCAAAUAAAACUAAAUAUUUCAUAUUUAGUUUUAUUAGAGUGAUUUUACGUAACGCGUGAAAUAGCUAGUAGAAUACUAUGCACUAUUAUGCACUAUUAUGUGUUCUUUUGUUUACCUGUUGCUAUUUUGCACCAGUUGUUUGUAUCUGUUUCUUGGGUCAAGUAAAAUCACUCUACAAGUUAACUCACCACUAAAAAGAGAGAAAGAAAGCUGACAUUUUGAAUACAGGCCCUUCAUGAGAGUGAAUCCAAGGGCUAGUACUAAUGGAAUGUAAGCUUUUUCAUCUCUUGUUAGGAAUGAAAUUACUUCAUAAACUUCACCACUUUUGAAUUUUCGAUGGUUUGUAAGAGAUCGUAAAAGUACCUUUUUGUUCGCAUGAAAUAAAUUCCCUGUAGUACCUCUGGUUGUCUUUCAUUCCAUUGGUAGUGUUACACCUUUUGUGACUUUAGGUUUGUAAACCCCUGAAUAUAAGCCCCUUCAAACUACUAUUAAGAACUAUAAAUUUGCUUAAAAGCUAUGUGCCAUGACAGGGCUAUCAAUAAGGGCCGGUAGCCAGCCAAAACCGCCAGCUAGUUAGCCAUCCUUAGCCGGCUACUUUGAUCUCCUUCUACCAUAACUGCUGACAAAAAAUAAGCACCAUCGAAUGGAAUUGUAAAGCAUUCAUUUCCCAGUUUUGAAUGACAUUGAAUGCAUAUUUAAACAAGUUUAGAUCCAUGAAAUGCUCAAACCGUUCGAUGUCGUGGAAUGCCUGGGACAUUUCAACGGCAUUAUUCCUAGUCUCGCGGGUAUUCUGAAAAAUCAACAUGGUGUCCGCAUUGGAAAAUUCCUCUUGAAUACCCCUGGAAAUGCCAUUUCCAACACUCUAAAUUUUAAAAUGUCCCGAGAUGCCUCAGCCCUCAAGAACUUGUUCCUUUGGUGCGAGUUCCAAAUCCGCCUUCCAUUCAUUAUCAGCCUGCGACUUAAAAACUUUUUGACAGUCCUGCAUUCAUUGUUCUUUUGCAGGGACCCAACUUUGAGUUUGCUACGGAAACCCAUCAGGAGCUGCUAUACAACAAAGAAAAACUUCUGAACAAUGGUGACCGAUGGGAAGCUGAAAUAGCUGGAAAUCUUCAGGCAGAUUUUCUUUAUAGAUAAAGCACAAGUUUUACCAAAAAUCGAUUUUGUAAAUUAACAGAAAAUACCGAUAGCUCUGUAUUUUGCAUGAGCUGCAAAUUAAUGUAACAUUGUUUUAAACCUAUGAUUAUAGUAGUGGAUGAACAUGUUACUACUUACAAGUGAACAUAAGUGGAACUUGUAGCUUAGAGUCAGAUUGAACUGAUAAGUGUUGUGGAUGAUUUUCGGUAUUUUUAAGGUUAUAUUGAGCAACUAAUGCUGAGGGUUGUCUUGCAGCAUUUAAUAACUGUGUUUGCAAAUAAAUUCAAAGAUCUUCUGUUUGUAUCUAUGUUUUGCUUUUUAUUCUCAUGUAU